ACUGCGCAACCAGUUGAAUGCAAAAGGGCCAGCGUCGUUCCAAAAACUGAAUCAAUUAUUUUGUUUUUUUAAUGUGCAAAACGCGUGUGUUUAUUAACAAAAACUAUUGCAAACGCAAGUGAAUGCAUUGGUCAACAGUUUAAGCAUAAAAUGCAUGUGAUGCACGCUGUUUUAUGCAGAUAUUUUGAACAGUUUUUGUUGAAAAAGCAGCCACAAUUCAAUUCCAACUCAUACACGCGCAACGCGUGCAUAAACAUACAUAUAAGCAAAGCAUAGAAAAAAGCAACACAAGAAGAAGAACAACAACAACGACAGCAGCAGCGAAUGGGUGCAAAAGAGAAAGAAAAAUAGAAGAGUGUGGAGCGAGACUGUGGAAUAGCAAACAAUAAUAUAAUUGAUAAAACAAAAAGUAAGCAAGUACAACAACUUGAAACGAUUCUGCGCCAAGAGAAGCAAAUAGGAAAGGAAUCGAAAACGGGAAACAAAAGCGAACGGGAAACAGGCGAAACUAUUUUAUUUGUGACUCUUGUGUGCCGCGUAUUCGUCACCGUCGUCGUUGCCGUCGUCGUCGCUGUCGUCGUCUUCGUCCCUGCGUCAAUCGCCUACAACAAAAAAAAUAUUGAGUGUGUUGUUGCUACUAAAAAUAGCAACAAAUAGACAAAAAAAAAACCCGCAAACGCUGCCGUCGACAUCGACGUAGCUGUCGCUUCGAACUUUGGGCUUCGCCUGCUUUUAGUUUCAUACAGCCUGUUGGCUGAGCUAGGAGUUUGACAACAAAAACAAACACACUAAUAAAAUAUAUAUUGAAAAGUGCAAUUAAAAUAAGCAGCAGUGUUAUUUUUUUCGGUUAUAUUUUGUUUUGUUUGUCGAUAAACAGAUAACAAAUAACAGUACCAAGAGCAACAAGAUAACAAAAACAAAAUCAACAACAACAAUAACAAUAACAAUAAUAGUGACAACGGAUCAACACAAUGCUGUUGAAAUUCACAAAAACCAGUGGAGCCGGCGGCGCGGGUUUGGGUUCCAGUUCAUCAUCCAUGCAGGCGACCACAACGUACGCAGUGCGCGGCGGAGGAACAGGCAUGCGCAUGACCAUGUCCACAAACUCAACGAUGAGUCCGCGGAUACAUCGCAAGGGCUUUCGCAUACCCUCGAAAAGACAGCCCGGCAAAGGACUGCCCGGAAAACUGCACACAAUAGCCAGGACGGGGCCAGGGAAAUUGGUGCCUGGGAAACGAAUACCACAGCGACCGCAUCCGCCGCCCUGUGACAAUUCCAAUGACAGCGGCCUGGGCUUCGAUCAGCACACGGAGCUGCGCAAUGCAGCGGCAACAGCGGCAGCAACAGUUGCUGCUGCCGAUGCAAGGAGCAGCAGCAGCGGAGGCAACAGCAACUCGGAGAGUGGACAUCGCACAAAUCUGGUGGUGAACAGUGCGUUAACCAACACUGUGGCUGCAGCGGCAGCGGCUGCAGCUGCGGCGGCCGCCAGCAACACGUUGCAGCAACACCAACAGCAGCAACAGCAGCAGCAACAACAACAGCAGCAACAACAACAACAGCAUCAGCAACAUCAACAGCAGCAACAUUCACCGCAGCAGCAUUUAAUACGCGCGAUACCCGUUUCAAGAUCACGUCAUGCUAAGAAAAUGCUCAACUAUCUGGAUGACAUUGAGGCGGCGGCAGCGACGACGACGACGACGACGACGGCAACAACACGGGUGGACAAAAUGGUCACUGUGAAUGAUGAGGACACGGGCUUUGGCACCGACAACAGUCAGACGACAACAACAACAACAGCAGCAGCAGCAGCAGCAGUAGGAGCAACAACAGCAACCACAAUUGGAACUGAGCUCUUUGGGGGCAUCUUUAAUACACGUGCCGCAGAAAUGGCUGCCGCAAAUGCCUUUGUAUUGCAGCAGCAAAAGCAACAUUACCAGCAACAGCAACAACAACAGCAACAUCAGCAGCAGCGACAACAACAACAGCAGCAGCAGCAGCAAUUUCAUUAUCCUGGAUUACAUUUGCAGUUGCAGCAGGAGAACAGCAGCAGUUGCAGCAGCAACAACAGCAGCAGCAACAACAGCAGCAGCAGCCACAGCUACAAUUGUGGGGCACCGCAAAGUCGUGGUGGUGGCAAGCACUUGAAGCGUAAGAAACUGGAAUGCAAUCAGGUGGAGCUGGACAACGACGAUGCCUGCAGUGAGGAUGAGUUCAUUCGCAAGAUUGCCAAUGUUGCUGCCGACAGCCAGACUCAAGCACUCAGCAGCAACAGCAAUGGCAUCAACAGCGGCAACAACAGCGGCAGCAACAAUUCUGUGGCACGCAUCAUCUCGGUGGAGACGCUGCCAACGAAUCGCAGCAAACUCAACAGUGAAGCAAAAUUCAUUGGCACACGCACCGUGACACGUGUGGCAAACAAAAGGCAACCCACAACGCCAUUGAACAGCAUCGCCAGCUCCAACGAUGGCCACGUUCAGCUGGAGAUUGUCUCGCAGCCGGAGCAACAGCAUCGGGCUCGCUACCAGACCGAAGGAAGCCGCGGCGCCGUCAAGGAUCGCAGUGGCAACGGUUUCCCCAUUGUCCGGCUGACCGGAUACGAUAAGUCCGCCGUCCUUCAGGUGUUCAUUGGCACGGACAUCGGACGUGUGGCGCCGCACAUGUUCUAUCAGGCAUGCAAGGUGGCCGGCAAGAAUUCGACGCAGUGCAACGAGAAGAAGGUCGAUGGCACCAUGGUCAUUGAGAUUGAUUUUAAGCCCGAAACCGACAUGACCAUCACCUGCGAUUGCGUUGGCAUACUGAAGGAACGCAACGUCGAUGUGGAGCAUCGCUUUCCGGAACAUCAGGCGCAGAAGAACAAGAAGAAGUCGACACGUUGUCGCAUGGUAUUUCGCACUCAGCUAACUCGCGACGAUGGCACCUCGGAGACCCUGCAAGUCUGCUCCAAUCCCAUCAUUUGCACUCAGCCACCCGGUGUGCCAGAGAUUUGCAAGAAGUCGCUCAACUCCUGCCCAGUCGAUGGCGGCUUGGAGUUGUUCAUCAUUGGCAAGAAUUUUUUGAAGGACACACACGUUGUGUUCCAGGAGACCUACGACAGCGUUAAUGCCGACGAUCCGGCAACGGAAAUCGCUGUGCGCCAACAGCUAAUCGGAGGAACAGCCGCACUUUGGGAGCAAAGUGUGCUGCCCGACAAGGAGUAUUUGCAUCAGACGCAUUUGAUAUGCACAGUGCCGCCGUAUCUGCAUCAGAAUCUGCUGAAGCCGGUCAGUGUCCAAGUGUCAAUUAUGUCGAGCGGCAAGAAGAGUGAGCCCCAUAAUUUCACCUAUACACCGAAGGGCAGCUAUACGACGCUAGCGGCGGCCAGCACGUUAAGUAGCACAAUGCACAGCCAAGAUGUUGGCAGUUUCAUGGACACAAGCAGCGCACCCUCCGCUGCUGCCGUCGCCGCCGCCGCCUCCGCUUGGGACACCUCAGCCGCUGUGGCGGGAACCGCGAACGUGGUGGAGACAAAGCAUGAGAUUGAUUCAGGUAUGAUGCCGCCACCGAUCACCACACAAAUACCGAUGGGCCUGCGACGUUCCUCGCUGUCGGGUGCCACGCCGAUGAUCACCGAUCAGCAGCUGGUGCAGCACUUGAGCGUUGCCAGCGCAGCGGAGGCAGCCCUCAAGAGCGAACUCCUCGACGAGAAUAGUUCGCACAGUCCGCUAACGGGUGAAGCAUCGCUGCACUCCCCAGAAGCUUUGAAUCCCUGCAGUCCGAACACGGCGUUGCAGUAUCAUGCGCACUAUGCGCGCAAAACGAGUCUGGACACGAUCAUGUACGAUCAGUCGAAUAGUCUGCCCGGUUUCCCGGUGCCAGCGACAGCAACAGCGGCCGCUGCAGCCACCGCAGCGGCUGUGGCCGCCGCCGUUGAUUUGGAUCCCGCUGCCGUGGCGGUCGCCGUUGAGUUGGCGGUGAAGAACGAGAUCGUGAAGCAUGUGGUGCAACAGCAUCAGCAGAAUCAGACGCCGCAGCAGCAGCAGAAUCCACAAUCGGCCGCCGCAUCGGCAGCCAAUGUGCACAAGUUCAUCGAUGAUCUGACCAAAUCCACAUCGGUGGUCAACAGCAAUGGGACAAGUGAACCGGCGUUGUUUACCACCUCGGCGGUGAUCGAUCAUGCCCUGACCGAUAUACUGCAGCAGAAGGUGAAUGUGUUGACGCAUCAGCAUCCGCAUUCGCAGCACGGACAGCAGAUGCAAUCGUCGUCGGCAUCGCCAACGAAUGUGCUGAAGCGCAGCAUUUCGCUGAGCAGCAGCAACUCGAGCAACAAUUCGCUGUCGGGCAGCGAAACCUCGCCGAACAGUUCGCCCAUCACCCAGGACAUCAUACUGAACUCGGAGCCAGCCGCCGCUUUGGGCGCCGGACUCCCGCUGCAACAGUUGGCCGCCGUUCCGACAGCUGGCGGUGCCAGCGGAGCGCUGUCGACGGACAUCAUCAUGAAUCCGGCGGUGUCGCCAUCGACCAUUCUCUGUUCGGCGAAUGGCGCUGCGACGGCUGUGGUGCCGAACAUCUUGGCACCGCAUCAGGUGACGAUGGCCAAUUCGAUACUCAAUGAUAUCGCCAUGCAGGCGGAGCCAACGCAACAGGAUGCCGCUGUCGCUGCGCUGGCGUUGAGCAACAUUAUGAUGAGUCCACCGAAUGCCGAUGUCGUUGGCGAUGCGUUGCCACCGACGCCCGCUGUGAUGCAACCCGAAGUGGCAGCCACCGCAACGUCGACUGCGGUCAGUAAUAUGAUCAUUAAGGCGGCCGCUGAUUUUAUAACCACACAGGAGCAGGAACAGCAUCACUACAAUCAUCAUCAUCAGCAUCAUCAGCAGCAGCAGCAGCAGCAGCAACAACAGCAACAUCAUUCGCACACACAUUCACACACGCAUUCGCACACACAUUCGCAUUCGCAUCCGCAUCCCCAGCAGCAGCAGCAGCAACAACAGUCGACGAAUGCGGGCGCCAACAGCGCCGAUCCCUUGGUCAAUCUGCUCUUGAAUCACACGAAAACACCGGAAACUGUCGCUGCCGAAGCGGCUGCCGUCGCCGUGGCUGCUGCCAGUUUUCCCGCCCUGUUGCCGGUUGUGCCCGUUGUGCCGGCACCACAAGAAUCUCUAAUCGUUGCCCUCGCCUCGGAGAAUGCGUUGCAAAAAUCGGUGGCCACCGCCGCUGUGACCACCAAUGGAGCCGUGAUGACCCAACAGGCAUCGGCGCCCAGCAAUGCGGGCAGCAUUCUGCCCGCUGCUGUUGGCGCUGUCGCUGCGGCUGCUGCCGUUGCUGUGCAGCCGCCGAUACCACAGGAGUUGACCACGAUGUCCGAUCAGGAUCUGAUCAGUUACAUCAAUCCGAGCACCUUCGAUCAGCUUUAAACGGCAAUCAGAUCAACAAAUUUCAAACUAUUGGAUUAUUUUUCAUCAAAACAAAAACUAAGCGGGAAACCACACAGGCCUAAAUCCUAAGCAUAGACAUAGAUACACACACACACACACACACAUCCACAUUUAUAUGGACCAAAUUUUGAUGGUAAACAGAGAAGAGAUGUCCACAACAAAUUCUUCUCUUAACACCAACACACACACACACACACACACAAUUUUUAUAGUUUUAACCACAAUUUGUUAAGCUCUAGAACCUGUAGGAAUUUUUUUUUUUGUUUUUGUUAAACUUAAAUUGAUUUUUUUUUACAAAAGUCAAAUUAUCUCAAAAAUGAUAACGACUGCCAUAUGAAUACAUGAAUAAAAGAAGUAAAAUAUCAAAAAAAAUAAACAAAAAAAACACACACACAACACAAGCAACUAAAUAAUAAACAGACGCAUAACAACAAAUUCAAAUAUUAUGAAAGAGCAAAUUUAUGUUUAAUUUUUUUUUUUUUGAGAAAGAGAGAGUUGCAAUUAUUUACAUCGAUUUAUUAUUAGUUUGUGUAUUAUUUCGUUGCGUUUAUUAUCCCGAAACUUUCUGAAAGUUGAAGUCUGAUUUGUUUAUGCAAAUAUCAUUUGAGUUUGCAACAUAUAAAAAUAAAAACAAAUAUAUAUAAAUAUUUUUUAAACAAUCUUUUUUGUUAAGGGGUUUGCAAAUCAACAAAACGUAUAAAGAAAGGAAAAAACACAAAAAGGAAGAGAAGAAGUAGAAGCGAAGCGAAACGAAACGAAACAUGUAUAAAUAUUUAUAGCUACGAAUAUGAAUAUGCGAAAAUUCCAAAAGACUUUUUUAUUUAAAGAAAAACACAACCCAAUCUUUUUUUUUGUCCUACUGUUAAAGUUUUAAAUGUUUAAAUUAUAUAUCGAAAUGAAAACGAGAUACAAGAUAAAGAUAAAGGAAAAUGAAAAUGUAACUAAAAAUUAUUAUUAACAUUACAUAUACAUAUAUUAUUACUAUUAUGCGUAUGAUUAUAUUACUAUUAUUAUGAUUAUUGUAAACAUUACUAUUAGUCGUUGCUAUAUGUAGACACGUAGUCAGAGUUACCUAACAAAUCUUAUUACAUGCAGUUGUAUCCCUAUCACACACACCCACACACACACACAAACAUAUAUGUAUAUACUUUAUAUAAAGUCAAAUCUGGGCAUUACGUAUACGACGUAUGUUCUUGUCUCCUGUUUAGUAUUACAACAAAACUCCCCCCAAAACAAAGAGAAAUUCGAUAAACAAAUUGGAAAUUGAAUUCCAAAAUGACACUCGCGAAUCAAUCAACAAUAAUAAAAGCAAACAAUAGAAACCCCUCUUUACAACAAAAAUAAAUAAAUAACAAUAUGCAUUUGUAUACCUCUAGCUAACCAUUUGUUGUACGAUAUUUAUACGUAAAUAUUUAUUAUACAUAAUAUUAAAGUUUAGAAUUUGAUUUUAAAGACGAA